AAUUUAUUAUAUGCACAGGUUCUCGCGGAACUGAAACCAUAUGUGGUUCUGGCAGAGCAACUAGGAAGACUGGCUGUGCAGUUGGUGGCUGGAGGAAGUGGUGUAAAGAACGUGAAAGUGACCUACGCCUCGGCUCGAGCCACUGAUGAUCUUGACACUAGACUUCUCAGAGCAAUGAUAACAAAGGUUAUCAUUGAGCCGAUCUCUGAUGUGUAUGUGAACCUGGUCAACGCAGAUUACACAGCAAAACAGAGAGGCCUGAGAAUUUCAGAGGAACGUAUUGUCCUUGAUGGUUCACCAGAGAGCCCACUCGAGACAAUCACGGUUCAGCUAGGCAACGUCGAGUCCAAAUUCGCGAGCGCCUUAUCUGAGACUGGAGACGUCAAAGAUGAAGGAAGAGUUAAAGAUGGGGUCCCCCAUUUGACAAAAGUGGGGUGUUUUGAAGUAAAUGUGAGUCUUGAAGGAAGUAUAAUAUUGUGUAGGCAGGUAGAUCAGCCUGGCAUGAUCGGAACUGUUGGAAACAUCUUGGCAGAAUCGAAUGUUAAUGUCAGUUUCAUGAGUGUUGGGAGAAUUGCGCCGUGGAAGCAAGCGGUUAUGGUGAUUAGUGUUGAUGACAUGCCGAGCAAAGAGACUUUGAAGAAAAUUGGAGAGAUUCCGGCCGUUGAGGAGUUUGUGUUCCUCAAGUUAUAGUUUUGUUAAGAGGACUCGAUGAAAGAAUGGCUUUGGCUUUAUUUCUUUUGUUGUUUUCUACAGUUUUGAUAGUGCCAACGUAGCUUAAGAGAGAGUGAGACUUAGUGAGA